AUGUUUCUCACCGAGUGGUAUUAUACACUAAAGUAUGAUAACGCUCUGAGGAUUAAAACAUCUGUCGUAGCGUUUUGUUUAUUAGCCUUUUUGGAUGCUGUAACUUCAUUACCAAUAGGAUUGUAUGGAAUUAUUGUUGGAGCCAUUAAUACACCGAAUGAGGAUGAAGAAAUUGAUAAUUGUAAUCAUGGAUUGUUGUUGAAUAUUUUGAUUGCUUUGGGAUUUAUGGAUUUGAUUGGAUCAGUACUUUCUCUGAUAUUUGGAUCGAUAAUGGCAAUUUUGACUUUUAAUAUUUUCACUGAUGACAAGUAUGAUGAAAAUUCGGAAAGUGUUAGAUAUUAUGGAGAAUUUGAUCAAGCUCAUGCUGAAAAUACUGAAGAAAUCGACGAUCAUGCCAGAACCACUUUGGAAAUAUUCAAAAAUGAUGACAAGACAGUUGCCAAAUUCCAUAACGCAACAAUCUAUGUUACUCUCACAAGAAUUCUCUUUGGAACAGUCUUCUUUUUCCUCUCAAUUGUUGGCUCCAAUAUGAUUUUCGGUAUGAACUCUUCCUGUAAAAACGAUAAUCCAUUCCUCUAUGAAAUGUCUGCCACCUACAUGAUUGUUCGAUGGGUAGUAUUCAUCUUCUCCUUCCUCUUAUUUAUUCCACUCUCUGUUCUUUUCUGUAGGCACAUUCUCUCUUCCUCCUCAUCAAAGUUAGUUAAAUUUGUAAAGAACGCAACGAGUGAUUGUUUCUCCAUGAUGAUUAGUUCCAUUUCGAACUUGAUAGCAAAGUUGAAAGGUAAUAAUUCAGCACAUCAACAAGCAGUUGAUCAACACUACGACGAUAAUUUAUAA